AUGAACCCAAUUAAAGAAAAUACUGCCUCACCUGAACAUUCAAUUGAACCUGUAACUACUCAUACUCGUAAUAAAAUAGUAUUACGAGCGAAUAGAUCUACUACACAUAAACCUCGUAAUUCUAGUGGUGGGGGUGGCGGUUCUAAUAGAACAUAUAAUAAGCGUUCUAGCAAGAAAAAUAAGCUUAUAAAGACAUCAAAAACGCGGAAUAAAAAUAAAGAAAUUAUUAGUACAUCAAAAGAAGUAAACGAGAGUCGAAUAAUUCCUGUUGAGGAACCUCCGAGAGAAGAGCUACCUUACGAUAGAUUUUUUCCUGAUUUAAAAAUAGAUGAAAAAUUAGUUGUGGUUUAUGUUUCUUCUAAAGAUCUUGUAGGGGAUCGAGUAGAGGAAAAGGAAGUUGAGACGACAAUAACGAAAGAAGAGAAUGGUGAAAUAGCAGCAAGAAAUGUAAAGAGUGCAGUACAAACUCAGGAAUACGAUGAUGUGAAUGAUCAUUCAAUUGCUAUCGAAAAUAAUAUGACAAUUUCUACCUCAACAACUGAACAGGCUCAAAUUGAAGAAAUUAGAACAACUAUUGUGCUUUUGAACAAUAAUCAUCAGGAAGAUAAAAUUCAAGAAGUGUUACCACCAACAAGCAAUAUACAUUCCAUUAAGGGUUCUGGAUGUUCUCAAGAUUCAUUUGCUUCAUUACCAAAGAAUUUUGAAGAAACGUCCACACCUAAAGAUUCUGAAGAGAUUUCGUCAUCAAAAGAUCUGAAUGAAGAAAUGAGUGAAGAAACUCCAAGUCCGAAAAUUUCAUCCCGAAAAUCGUCGAUAGAGAAAACUUUUCGUAAAGAUGCAAAAGAUGAUCAUGAUGAUGAUACCGCGAGUUUUAAGGCUUCAUCUCAUGAUGAUAUGGAUGAAGAAACUAUUGACGAGGAUGAACAGGAUGAAAUGCAGAUAGAGUUAGAGAAUAGCAUGAUGAAAUUACCGAGUAUUAAUUAUGACGUAACGGUAGAAAAUAAAUCACUUGAUAAGGAAAUGGAUUGGAUAUUUACAAACCCGAUAGUAGCAGCCGAUGAUCAUAACGUGGUAGAAAAUGGAGUAAAAAAAGAUCAAGUUAUUGUAGAAGGUCCUUCUACGGCUAUUAUUACAACCGUAGAAGAUAAUAUGCCAAUUGCACAACCGCCCCCGGUUAAAAAACUUCCGGUUCCUUCCUUUAAGCGAAUUAAUUUCACUAAAGAGGAACCCGAUGAAACAUUUGUUAGACCAGAAGGACAUUAUAUUCGUCAUGUUGAAUUAUCAGAAAAGGAUCUUGUGGAAAUUGUUGAGUAUGAUAUGGAUGAACAAGGCAUAUAUAAAUAUAUUUUUUGUUAUACUAUUAUGAUUAUAUACAAUUUAGAUGAUUAUUGGCUAAAAUCUUUGAAUGAAGAAAGAAGGAAGGAUGACUUGGGUGAAAUUUCCGCUGAUGUCUUUGAAGCUACCAAAAAUUUACCAAAAGGUAAUACAGACAAAGAUAGUAUGACUCCAGAAGAUUCAACUUGUGCAAUUUGUGAUGAUGGAGAAUGUGAAAACAGCAAUGCAAUAGUAUUUUGUGAUGGGUGUAAUCUUGCUGUACAUCAAGGGCAAUGGCUAUGCCGUAAAUGUAUAGUUUCGCCAGAGACACCAGUGUCGUGUAUAUUUUGCCCAAAUGAAGGAGGUGCCUUCAAAAAAACUAAUACAAAUCGUUGGGCGCAUUUACUUUGUGCUUUAUGGAUUCCUGAAGUUGGAUUGUCGAAUACGGUAUAUAUGGAACCGAUCGAUAAUAUAGAGGGAAUUCCACGGGGACGUUGGAAAUUGAAAUGUUACAUUUGCGAAAAGAGAAUGGGCGCAUGUAUACAAUGUCAAAAUACUCAUUGCUGUACAGCCUUCCAUGUAACAUGCGCAAGAAAGGCGAAACUUUGUAUGAGAAUGAAAUUCCCUGACGAAAACCAUAAUCAUUAUAUUAUGAAAGCUUAUUGUGAUAAACACACGCCUCGAGAUUAUAGAGAACAAAUUGACGUUGCGAGUACAGUUGCUGCGGCGCAAAAACUAUUAAUGGAUCCCGUUCAAACAGGAAAGAGACGCCGACAUGACAUCGACUAUGGGACUGAUGAAUCCGACGAUUAUGUUCCAAGUGAUAGCGAAGAAGAAGAUAUGGAAGAUCAAUACAUUGAUAAAACAGAAAUAUCUCAUUCGCGUAAAACAAGGAAACGAAAACAAACGGAUGAUGUAACAAGUAACCGCAAAACGAAUAAAGCUCUACGUAGCAUUGAAAAUGGGCAAGUUGCUCAAUCUGUUGAGAAUAAGAAUUCUAAAGCUGCCCGUGCGUACAAUCAUACUUAUACCGAUACUGCGCCUGUAGCUCCUGCGGUUAUAAUGGAGAAGGUAUUACCAGUGUUAGCAAGACAAAAGGGCACAAUGCGAAAAAAACCGGAGCUUAUUACUAUCAUUUGUAAAUAUUGGUCUUUAAAGAGAGAAUUUCGACGCGGAGCUCCUUUAUUGAAGAGAUUACACCUUGAGCCAUGGACGGCCUCUGCUUCUGCUCACAAACAAUCCGAGGAAGAAAAAUGGGCCAAAUAUAUGGCAAUGACUGACCUUCGUAAAGAUCUGGAAAAAGUAAGAAUGUUAGUUGAUUUGGUACACAGGCGUGAAAAGGAAAAAUUAAAGAAAACAAGAUUACAAGUGAAAUAUCUGGAGACGAUUCUUUUCCCUCUUGAUUAUAUUCUUCGUCCUGCAUUAGAAGAAAUUGUGGCAUUGGAUAAAAAUGAAAUAUUUGCAAAACCAGUGUCAAUUGAAGAAGUACCUGAUUAUUUAAUACACAUUACGCAUCCAAUGGACUUUGGGACAAUGCGCAAAAAGAUUGAUGCACAUGAAUAUAGUCUGGGUAGUGGAUUGCAAGGAUUCAAGGAUGAUCUUGAGCUUGUAUUUCGUAAUGCCAUGACAUACAAUACUUCUGACACGAUUUAUUAUCGAGUUGCUAAAAAAUUACAGAUUCAAUCACAAUCCAUUGUUGCUAAUGCUGAGCAAGAUUAUUCUGGCUUAAAUAUAGAUCCUAAAAAAGGUGUUUUGGACGUUCCGUUGCAUCCAGAAAUAUUCACUUAUAAUUCAGAUCCGUUAAAAUUUCCGGAACCUAAAAAGAAGAUUGUACCAAAGAGGAACAAAAAGACGCGUGGAAGAUCAGCACGUGGUAAUGCAACAGAGAAUGGCGAAGGACCUUCACGCGUAUUACGUAGCCGUACUUCAAGAUUAGCUACAACCUCAAAAAAACUAGAACAAGAAACAAAAGUUGAAGAAACUAAAGUAAAGGAAACUAUUGAUGGCAGGAAAUUGCCAAAAGGAUGGAUUUAUUUAACAGAUGAAGAUGAUGAGGAGGAGGGGAAUGAAGAGUCAAUUCCACUUAUAAAUGGGAUUGAAUAUCAAGUUCCUGUCGUUGAUAACGAUAAUGUGAUUGCUACGCGAACAAGGUCUCGUAAAAGCAGCGUAUCAGAAAUGAUAAUAAAGACUGAAGAUGAUGAAACUGAAAUGUCAGUCGAACCCUUAGAGGUAGUUAGACGUAGUCGAUCUAACAGUCAAAAUAUGAGUGAGGCUGCAUUGGUUACUACUCCAAAUUCAGAAAUCACUGUACAAACUCGUAGCCGAAAAGGAUCUAUUGAUUCAUCAACUGCAGAAAUUACGAACGUUCCCUUCGGUAGCUUGGUUUGGGCAAAGAUGCAGGGAUUUCCUUGGUAUCCUGCUGAGGUUGCAGAUCCUGAAAAAGCGAAUAUUACAUCAGUAAUCCGGGCAGACAAAAAAGAGGGUGACACAUACUUGGUCCAUUUCUUUGACGAGAGAAAACUCGGAAAGAAGAGUUAUAAUCGUAGUUGGAAAUGGGUUCCAGCAAACAAAAUAAUUCUUAUGGGAGAUGAAAAGACAGAUUUGGCCAAGUUAAAAGACAGAGGAAUGAAAAAUAAGAUGAAACGAGAAAUUCCGAAUGCAUAUGAAGCUGCUUGUAAAUCAAAAGGACGUGAACCAGUCCUAUUAGAUCAAUUUACUAAAUCAAUAACGGUUCCAUUAAGAAGAAACAGUCGUAAUAAAUAG